CGGGACCUGCUCUACGUCACGUCGUACGGUGCGCCAACGUCGCUCGUGGACGUCGACUCCGCCGACUACAACGAGCGGGACCUGCUCUACGUCACGUCGUACGGUGCGCCAACGUCGCUCGUGGAGGUCGACUCCGCCGACUACAACGAGCGGGACCUGCUCUACGUCACGUCGUACGGUGCGCCAACGUCGCUCGUGGACGUCGACUCCGCCGACUACAACGAG